GCUACUGCAUGGACUGUAUUCAAAGCUCCUGGGACGGAAAGCUAUACAGCUGCCCUGUGUGUAGAAAGAGCUUCACACCGAGGCCUGUCCUGCUGAAAAACACCAUGUUAGCAGCUUUAGUGGAGAAGCUGAAGAAGACUGGACGCCAACCUGCUCCUGCUGAUCACGGCUACGCUGGAGCUGAAGAUGUCUACACUGGGAGGAAACUGAGAGCCUGUAAGUCCUGUCUGCAGUGUCUGAUCUCUUACUGUGAGAAACACCUCCAGCCUCACUAUGAAUCUCCUGCCUUUCAGGGGACUGAAGUGGAUGUUUUACUGCCACAACCAGAGCCCAGGACCAGAGCUGGAUUCUUAAAAUAUUCACGUGAAAUCACUCUGGAUCUAAACACAGCACACAUACAACUGUUAAUAUCUGAGGGGAACCGAAAAGCAACACUCACGGAACAACAACAGUGUUAUUCUAGUCAUCCAGACAGAUUCGCUGUAUGGUCUCAGGUCCUGAGUAGAGAGAGUCUGACUGGACGUUGUUACUGGGAGGUGGAGCGGAGAGGGGGAAGAGUUUCUGUAGCAGUCGCAUACAAGAAUAUCAGCAGAGCAGGGUGGGGAAGUGGAUUCGGAUUCAAUGACAAAUCUUGGGCGUUAGAGUGUAACCAAAACAGUUAUACAUUUAGUUACAACAGUAUCGACACUCCCGUCUCAGGUCCUCGGUCCUCCAGAGUAGGAGUGUACCUGGAUCACAGAGCAGGUAUUCUGUCCUUCUACAGCGUCUCUGAAACCAUGACUCUCCUCCACAGAGUCCAGACCAAAUUCACUCAGCCGCUACAUGCUGGACUUUUGCUUUAUUAUGAAACCACAGCUGAGUUGUGUAAACAGAAAUAGCCCGAAGUCAUUUGAGGAACUCUUCUACUUCUUCAACUCAUU